CUUAUCUCUGGUGCCAGGGGGCAUGCAGUGCUAGCGGAUCGACGGCUCGCCCGCAACCCCGCUAAGCCCAACGUCGACGCACGAUAAUGUUGAGCCGACGUCGCUGUGCGGCUUUUUUACCUUUGUCGGGAUGUCUCGAACGCGCUGGAUUAAUCACAAUCGUGGGGUUGGAGAGGGAUUAUCAUUUGGAUGACGGCAAUUCGUGCAACUUGAAUGUGCCGCGUGCGCGCGCUGUGUCGCCGGCGGGCCAGGAAACCUGUGGGGUUGAGAUGGGAAUCUUCCAGCUGUACCGUCGAAGUCGAGACGACACCAACGACAGAGACUUCCAACGCUCUUCUAGAAUAAUGCACGUCCUCUGGUCCCAGGCAACAAGCCGGGCAGACCGGUCGGAAGGCUAUUAAAGCCUCGGAUGCUG